CUUUCGCAGGUUUUCUUCAUCAUUUUUCCUUCCUUUCUACGUGAAGGGAUGGAAUGAACUCAUGUCUCCUAUGGAACAUCUACCACUUUUUUCUUAGUGAAAUAUACAUAUAUACAUAUACAUACAUAUAUAUACACACACAUAUUUCCAACUCUGUGUCUCCUUGUCAGAUAGAUCUCAAGUUACAGGAAAACUUCCAUAUAUAUAUAUAUAUAUAUAUAUAUAUUUCAGCAAUUUUUCUGAUCUAAUCGAGACCCACGCACCUUCCAAAAUGCAAAGCCUGAGAUAGUUUUUCCAUAUUUUGCUGAUGUCUUCCUCACUCUUCUAUAUGUUGUCAAAGUCGCUUUCCCAAACAACCUCACAAAUCCCAGUUUGCUCGGAAGCGGAUAUAGCUGCUCUUCUCAGCUUCAAAGCUAGAAUCUUGAAGGACACCACUGAUUUCCUCUCUAAGUGGACAGGAAACGGCCGCUGUGAUGGAGGCUGGGAGGGUGUACAGUGUGAUACAAACGGGAGACUUACCGGAUUGCUGCUGCAAAGACCUGAUAGAGACAUUAGCCGUUACAUGAAGGGCACUCUUUCCCCUUCUCCGGGCAAUCUACUCUUCUUGGAGGUAAUGGUUAGAAGUGGGAUGCAACAUAUGAGAGGUCCAAUUCCUAAAAGCUUCUCAAAUCUAAUCCACCUCCCUCAGCUGGUCCUAGAAGACAAUGCCCUCGAAGGAAAUAUUCCUCCAGGUUUAGGUCAUUUGUCCUUACUCCAGACCCUCUCACUCAGUGGGAACCAUUUGCGGGGGCAGAUCCCUCCAAACCUAGGAAAUCUCGGUAAUCUUCAAUUUAUAAAUUUAUCAAGAAAAAGUGUUCAGAUAAUGUCAAAUUUGCAAAAGGUCAAGCUCUCAAACAACCAAUUGAGGUCAGAUCUUUCAGAAUUCAGAUUGCCAGGCUGGCUCUCCUCGAUUGAUCUUCACUCAAAUCAGCUUACUGGGUCUAUCUCAAGGAUCUUGAAUAACAAAACGAGCAGCUUUUUAGAGCUUAUAGACGUAUCGAGUAAUCACAUUACAGGCAGCAUUCCUGAACUGAGGGAAGGCUUGAACUUGAAAGUGCUCAACGUUGCUAGCAAAGGGAUUUCAAGCCACCUCCCCAGUUUAAUUUCAAACCUGACUAAACUUGAAAGGUUUGAUGUUUCAAGGAACCAGAUUAACGGCGCCAUCCCUACAGGUUUAGGCCUAUUGAUAAAACUUCAAUGGCUUGACCUGUCCAUCAAUGGACUCUCAGGAAGAAUCCCGAAUAACUUGUUGGGUAUUGAAGGCCUAAGACUUGCCAACUUCAGAGCAAACAGACUAUGUGGAGAGAUACGAAGGCCAUACAAUAUCCUCCCCGCAGCUGCCUAUUCCCACAAUUGUGCGUGUGGCAAACCUCUGCCACCUUGUAGGACAAUGAAACAAGUGUCCAAUGAGAUAUAG